AUGGAAUGCUGUAAAGAAGAUAAAACAAUAGUAGAUGAGAUGGCUUUGAUGAUAGGUUUGGAUAAUGAGAUGACAUGUGGUUACAAUAAGGAGAAGAUAAUAGGUUUAGAUGAUGAGAUGACAUGUGGUCACAAUAAGGAGAAGAUGAUAGGUUUAGAUGAUGAGAUGACAUGUAAGCUAGGUGAAGAGAAGAAGAAGAUAGGUUUAGAUAAUGAGAUGACACCUGGUCAGAAUAGAGAGAAAAUGAAAGGUUUAAAUGAUGAGAUGAUACGAGGUCACAAUAAGGAGAAGAUGAUAGAAUUAGAUGACGAGAUUGCAUGUGGUCACAGUAAGGAGAUGAUGAUAGGUUUAGAUGAUGAGAUGACAUGGUCACAAUAA